UCGAGCUUCCGAUCAGCCAACUGUGUGAACACGCAUUGAAAAAGUGCCCGGACACAUUUCGAGGGGAAAAAAAAUUCUUGUCAAAGUUUACAUUUUUACAGACGCAACAAGGCAAACCGACGGUCUCAAGUGAAAGCACAAAGGGCAUGAUGACAGCUCUUGCUGAGUGAAAGAGCAUCCCUGGAAACAACGGUGUUCACUAACUUUAGAAAACAAGUCGUCCCUGUUCUGACGUCAGUCCGGCGUCAUGGAUAUGUCCCACACGAACAACAGCAGCACAGCUCUGUGGGACGACAUGCUCUGGGAGGAGCUGUGCCAGUCCUCUCUGAGCGGCACCACCUUCCUGAUUUUGGCCUACAGCACCGUGUUGGCAGUGGGCCUCAUCGGCAACACCUGCCUGGUCUUCGUCAUCUCGCGGCAGAAGGAGAUGAGGAACGUCACCAACAUCUUCAUCGCCAACCUCUCCUGCUCCGACCUCCUCAUGUGCAUCGUGUGCCUGCCCGUCACGGUCAUCUACACCCUCAUGGACCGGUGGAUCAUGGGAGAGGCCCUGUGCAAGGUCACGCCCUUCGUCCAGUGCAUGUCCGUCACCGUCUCCGUCUUCUCCCUGAUGCUCAUCGCCCUGGAGCGCUACCAGCUCAUCUUGCACCCCACAGGAUGGAAGCCCGUCAUGGGCCACUCCUACCUGGCGGUGGCCGUCACCUGGAUGGUAGCCUGCUUUAUUUCCCUGCCCUUCCUCUCUUUCCACGUCCUCACCAACGCGCCAUUCCAAAACCUCAGCAUCCCGUUCAACCCCUUCACUGACCACUUCAUCUGCAUGGAGCAGUGGCCCUCCAAUGGAAACCGGCUGGCCUACACCACCUCGCUGCUGCUGUUCCAGUACUGCCUGCCCCUCGUCCUCAUCUUCAUCUGUUACCUGCGCAUCUUCCUGCGGCUGCGCCGGAGGAAGGACAUGGUGGAGCGGGCCCGCGAGGUCCGGCAGAAGAGGGCCAAGGGGUCCCAGAAAGUGAAUGCCAUGCUGGCCUCCAUCGUGGCCGCCUUCGCCGUCUGCUGGCUCCCGCUGAACGUCUUCAACACGGUGUUCGACUGGAACCACCAGGCCCUCCCUGACUGCCAGCACAACUUCAUCUUCUCGGUCUGCCACCUCACCGCCAUGGCCUCCGUCUGCGUCAACCCCAUCAUCUACGGCUUCCUUAACAGCAACUUCCAGAAGGAGCUGAAGGCGACCUUGCAGCGCUGCCGCUGCUGGGGGGCGCCAGAGAGCUACGAGAGCUUCCCCCUCUCUACCGUCAGCACCGAGGUCACCAAGGUGUCGUCCCUGAGCAAUGGGUCUUUCAGCGUCAAUGCCUAGCAGGGCUGCUGCUGUCGGGUGUCCAGAGAGAGAGGGAGAGAUAAAA